AUGGCGGAAAUAAGAAGUUAUUGGUUAAUUCCGGUCAGGCAUCUUGUAAUUGACGACUUCAACCAGAUGUCGCAUAAUAAUCACUGAACAAAAACAACGUUUCACACUGAAGGCCAAAGCAGCCGUGGACCAUUUAAAGCAGACUACGUGAUCAUGGCAGAAAUGGAGGAGGACAUUCCUGACCCCUUGCCUGUUGAGGAAGAUGAGGAGUUGGAGAGGGAUGAAGAGGAGGGAGAAUUUGACUGGGUGGUGGAUGAGGCUGAUGAACUCGAUGAUGAGGAUGUAGUUGUUCUGGACACAGAAGCAGAGCCCUUUGAGUUGGAGCAGCCAGCUGAGCGCAGUGGCCACAUAGCAGCGGUGGAUGGACACUACAUGUACGUUUGGGGAGGAUAUAAGAAUUCCCAGACCACUGGCUUCUUUGACUUAUACUUGCCAAGGAAUGAAAUCUGGAUCUACAACAUGGAGACAGAACGAUGGAAGAAGCAGAUGACUGUGGGUAACCUGCAUACCUCCAUGUCUGGCAGCUGUGGAGUGUGUGUGGAUGGCGUCCUCUAUCUGUUUGGAGGCCACCAUGCCAGGGGAAACACUGACCGGGUCUUCCGGCUCCCCCUCCGAACACCGGCCCUCUGCUGGGAGGAGAUGAAGGAUCUCAAGGGCCUGGCACCGUCCUGCAAGGACAAACUAGGCUGCUGGGUCCACAAGAACAGGCUAGUAUUCUUCGGGGGCUACGGCUAUAUGGCACAAGGAGCUCACCGAGGGACAUUUGAAUAUGAUGAAACUUCAUUCAUGGGAGAUAAUCCGGGGCGGGGCUGGAACAACCACAUUCACAUCUUAGACCUGGAGAAGUCCACUUGGAGCCAGCCAGUCACCAAGGGCAACGCCCCCUCUCCCCGGGCAGCGCAUGCCUGUGCCAAGGUGGGCAACCGAGGCUACGUGUUUGGGGGGCGUUACAGGGAUUACCGCCUGAACGACAUGUACUACAUCGACAUGGAUUCCUGGGAGUGGCAUGAAAUGAGUGUUCCUCAGCAGGGUCCUGUGGGACGCUCAUGGCACUCCUUAACCCCUGUGUCACCUGACCACAUAUUCCUGUUCGGAGGCUUCACAACUUCCCGAGAGACGCUCAGUGAUGCUUGGCUGUACUGUGUCAGCAAGAACGAGUGGCAGCAGUUCAAGCACAAUCACACAGAGAGCCCCAGGCUCUGGCACACGGCCUGUUCCGGUCCUGGCGGGGAGGUGUUUGUGUUCGGUGGCUGUGCCAACAACCUGCUGUCCCAUCAACGAGCGGCUCACAGCAAAGAGUUGCUGGUUUUCACUGUUCAACCCAAGUCACUUGUUCGGUUCUGUAUGGAAGCAGCGCUGCAGCACAGAGAGUUGCUAUCUGGGUCCUGGGACUGCCUGCCUAAACAUCUGCUACACACUCUCAGACAGAGGAUGGGAGGCAUCAACGCCCUGGGCUCAUAAGAGCCAUAUACCACCACGUUCUUUGGGGUGGUAGGGUUGAGUGUGUAUGAGAUGGUUGACUGCCACGGCCGUGCUGCUAGCUGAACGAAGAGGACAGCUCACCUGAUCUUGUCACCAAGUGUCAUGAGGAGUGGGUCGAGAAAAACAAAGUAAAUUCGUGUAAAUCAUUUAGAGAAAUGGAGGCUUUUGUAGGGACUAGUGUUGGCAAAUCCCUUAGGCCAGUCAAUCAGCAAACAUGGCAACGUUAUUUAUCCUAAUUCUGAGUGCUUACUUUUAUGAUGUAUAUAUUGUAUUGCAUAUAUAUGUGUGGAUUUGGUGUGCCUGUGUUUAAAAAAAAAAAAAUAUGUAUAUUUUUUUAAGUAAAAGUAUCAUGUAUUCAAACCUGCUGGAGAAGUGGCAUACCUUAGACCAUGUUAGUCAGAAGAGGCUCGUGUAGCAUAUUGUCUGUUUUAAAUCAGGUAAUACCAGUUACAAUGGAGCCACAUUGCACUGAAUUUCAUUAUCAAGAAGUUACUUGUUUGGUAUUAUUCUUGUCUGAUCUGCACAGCUUUCCCUUGACAUUUUUAUUAUAAAAUAUAUUGUAAAAAAAAUAAAAUAAACAUUUAAAAUGUUUAAUUUUGAAUUAAGAAAAUAAACCAGACAAAUAUGCCA